UUCGAACUAUUUGUAAUCCAAGUUUUUCCCUAGCCACGUGUGGGUCCCGCCGAUGUUUGUGACUAGGGACCCGGUGACUGCCAUCCGGAAAACCGUUACCUUCCUUCCGUCAAAAUGAGACACGCUCCUCCUCCUUCCCUCCAAUUCCUCGCCGCUGCCGCCACCAACUCCGCCGUCACCAUCAUGUCUUCGCGCCCUCCUUACCGAGGUGGUCGAAACCCAUGGCAGAGAGGCUUCUCCAACCGCCCCUACUCAGGCGGCGGUAGGAACAACUACGUCACCGGAGACUCCCACUUCCGCUCAGUCCGCGACGCCAAUCUAGGGUCCCGGCAAGGCGAUUCCGGACCCUUCCCCAACCAAACCUCCUAUCGUCGGACUCCGCCGCCGUCUUUCGAUGUCAACCACUUCCGCGGUCCUCCGCAGCUCGAUCACAAUCAACCGUACCGGCCGAAUCAGCACUUUCGGCCUCCCCAUCAGUUUCGCCCCCCUCAGCAGUUUCGGCCGCCGCAGCAAUUCCGGCCUCGGCCGAAACCCUUGGACUAUCGGAACUGGGAAUUUUCCAAAACAACACCGUCCCCUACUUGUGAGAGGUUUACUGUGUUGUCAUAUAAUAUACUAGCUGAUUACUUGGCUAACGAUCACCGGAGUAAGCUAUACUAUCACAUACCUCAUCAUAUGAUGGACUGGCUGUGGAGAAAGCGAAAUUUGAUAUUCGAGCUCGGGCUGUGGUCACCCGACAUAAUGUGCCUUCAGGAAGUUGAUAAAUUUGAGGACCUUGAGGAGGAGUUGAAGCUUAAAGGGUACAUCGGCAUUUGGAAGAUGAGGACUGGCAAUCCAGUUGAUGGAUGUGCAAUUUUUUGGAGAUCGUCAAGAUUCAAGUUGGUCCAUGAGGAAUCCAUCGAGUUCAAUAAGCUUGGACUUCGGGAUAAUGUUGCUCAAAUAUGCGUGCUGGAGUCAAUACGUCAGAAUAGCACCAAAAAUAUUGCAGCUCUACCAACAAGCUCAACAGGUACUAAUAAAGUUGUCAUUUGUAACAUUCAUGUGCUUUACAACCCUAGACGGGGAGAAAUUAAGCUUGGCCAGGUCAGGGUUCUUUUGGAUAGGGCUCAUGCUGUUUCCAAAAUCUGGAAUGAUGCUCCAAUUGUUCUUUGUGGGGAUUUCAAUUGUACACCUAAGAGUCCGUUAUACAACUUUAUUUCAGAACAGAAGUUAGAUUUGUCUGGAGUUGACAGAGAUAAGGUAUCUGGACAAGCGUCAGCUCAAAUUUAUGCACCAAGGUCAUAUGAUCGUAAUUAUGGGGCUGGGCCUGCUAGUCAUAUAGUUCAAGGUCCACCAAUUGUAGAUGGGAGGGAAGCUGGAUUGAACUCGGGCAAUCUGUCAUUGGAUAUCCAGAACCCAAAUAAUCCAGAAAGUAGUGCAGAGAGUGUUCCAUUAGCGAACAACUUGUCUCAGCCUCAAAGUACUGACACUCCAGACGUUUUUGAUAAGUCUUGCCCCAAUGUGCAUUUUGGAAAAGAUGACGGUUCCAAAGAUGUUGAUGUGAACCAAGAAACUAAGCAGAACUCUUUAGAUGUCUCUGAGGUUGAAACUGGAUCAGCAUUCCAUGUGACUGAGAUGGGAUACGAAGAAAAAGUGGAUUUCACCUCUAAUUCAAAUCAUGGAUUAUCGAGCGGACAUUUGAAUUCAGAUGUUUGCCUAGAGAAAGAAAGGUUGAACUGUGAUAUCCAUAAACAUCCCUCUACGAGGGACAAUGAUUCUAUUAGGGAAGGGACUGAUCCAGAUUCUGUGGUUCCUAUCGACUCAGAAGUUCCUUUGUCUAAGCUAUCUAACCAGGCUUCCAUUACUGAUGAUACCAAAGUCUCUUCAUUGGAAAACUUAGGGCAUAUGUCUUCUGAUCCAGUUUCUGGUGUCGAGGGGGAAAGCCCUUCAGACUCAUAUCAAGUGGACAUAUCAUGUCCAUCUGCUAGUGCUGACCUUGAAUUGCAGAAAAAUAUGGAAAGUUUAUCUCUUAAUGUGCUAGAUGAAGCCAUUCCGGCAGAUGAAAAUACAGCUGAAGAUGAUAAAACGUUUAUAUCUGCAUUACACGAUACGGAAGAUGCCUUUCUAUCUGAUUUUACUUCAGUUACUCCCAACUCAGCAUUUUUGGCAUCACCCAAUGCGGAGAGAACCUAUUAUGAUCCAUCACUAUGGACUCCGAUGGAAAUAGAAACUGCCACAGGCAAUGCGGAACACACUCUUUUAGAACAUCCUCUGAAGCUUAAGAGCACAUAUACUGAAGUUGAGGAUUGUUCUGGCACCAGAGAUUCAAGUGGGGAGCCACAGGUGACCAGUUAUAAUAAAUUAUUCUUGGGCACGGUUGAUUACAUCUGGCGUUCCGAAGGUCUGCAGACUGUCAAGGUGCUUGCUCCUAUUCCAAAGCAAGCUAUGCAGUGGACUUCAGGGUUCCCAACCAAGAAAUGGGGUAGUGAUCAUAUUGCAUUGGCUUCUGAGUUGUCAUUCAUCAACAAUUCUGACCAAUCAUCAUAAGAGCAACAUGGAAGUCCGCCGCAGUAUAGCCCUCGACAUCAGGGGAUUGCAAUCGGAGAAAUUGCGGGAAUGGCUGUCAAACUCGUUGAGCUUCUAGUCACUGGUUCUGCAGCAACCUCCUGUAUAUACUUUUGAUCUGCAUGGUACUCAAUUCUACAGUUGCUAUCUAGGAAAUUAGAAUUGAACCGUCCGGCACUCGUCACUCGUCACCUGUAUCAACGGUUCGGAUGAAAGAAGGGUGAAAUUUGGUGCCAAUUGUUUUCAAAUUCACCUCACCUCACCGGCUCACCCUAAAAAUUGGUUAUGCCCGUCACAUUAGACACGAGGAAGAAAAUAAUUUUUACCGUUUAUUUGAAAAUUCUUAACUCCGCCCUUAAUGGUUGUUAUUUUUUAUUCUAAGUUCAUUUGUAAAAGUUUGAAAGUAGGGCAAUUAGCUAAAUAAUUCACUUUGACAUUUGGUUGCUGAGAUUAACGAAUUCAAAUAUUGACGAGAUAUUGAUGACA